GUCAACUUAACGAACACCAAUCUUCGUUCUGUGUAUACCCACCAUCCCAUGGCAGCAAUGCCUUCCCAAAGAGAGAAAGUGUCUGUGGUAGCCAGAGGCGGAGGGGCUGCUGGACUCAAGCAGAUGCGCAAGGGUACAAAAUCAUGUCUCGAGUGUCGCCGUCGCAAGAUCAAAUGCAGUUAUCCAGAGCCAUCUCAGGAAGACCCUGCCUCGACAGCUCUGGCCGACCACGGCUCAGCCUCGGAAUCUGGCUCAAGCCUCGUAUGCAAUGAAUGUAAACAGCAUGGCCGACAAUGCCGAGUGCAGGGAUUCGUCGCUUCAGAAACCAUUCCACCUGCAGGCGAGGACUCGGUAAACAAUGACCCACGAUCAGGACGGCCAUCGGCGCGAAUCUACAAGCGGCGAAGGGAUAUCAACGACCUCGAUCCCGGAGAGUUCACGAGGCAAAACAGGUCGCGGAUGGAUAUUCAGGUCAACCGGAUGGACUCAAUGGUGGAAAGACUUGCGCGAGAGCAGGAUGGUCCAUGGCAACCAAAUUCUACUUUGCAAUUGUUCAAGAGCCUAGGUCUUCCCGAUAUCGAUGGUGCGGGACUCGCUGGCCGUUCGGAGGUCAGUGGUCUCGAUGACCCUGGCUCUGCGUCUACGCAAAAUCCACAACUGAAACCUACAACCGCCAAUACUCUACUGAAUUCAAGGAUUCCUGCGGAAGAUGAAGCCAGGAAAACGAGUCCUCUUCUGACUCAGCUUUUCAACAAUGAAAUGCUUGCACAACGAUGCAUAUCUCCUGCAAUAAUCACCGAGAAGGUUCAGGUAUUGACAUUCUCCGAUUUGACCUCCGACAUCAAUGCUGCUUCAGAUGCAGAAAAGUUGCGCUCUACCAUCUCUACGGAGCCAUACCUGUUGAAAGUGGUUGAAAUCUCGACACACUGGUGGGUUGCCUGGCGUGACCAAACCUUCGCCCUCCACGAGGUAUUUUUCAACCCUAAAAGCCACCAGGUUUCGGGCGACGACACAUCUUCAGAAAGUGGUACAGUCUCGAAUGGCGACUCCCCGGGCAGCACUACUAGCUGGCCACAUAAAGAGAUUAAACCAAUAUCGUUGCGCGAUUUCGUCCAGGCCAAAUUGGCCGCGAAUGAUGCUGUCUCCAUUGGCACAGCCUUGCUUUGCAUUGCGAUGUCGCUGCGAGAUCUGCGGGCUGGUGUUGAUGAUGUGGAGCUCAACAUUUCCACGGCUCCGGCUGAGCUCACCGAGCGUAUUGUUCUUGCCGUCGACACAGUCCUGUUGUCUCCAUCUGCGGACCCUGCUUACAUGAAAGACUCUGGCCUGCUCCUGUUAUACAUGAUGCGAGCCAAAAUUUACGCCGAGGCGAAUCAGCUGAGAAAGUCCUGGCUUUCAAUUCGGCAAGCCAUUGAAGUGGCGAGGGAGAGUGGAUUUACCGAUGCCUUGCCCUUCCAGCAGGACGGGGAAGUCCCUUUGCUAGACGAGGCUCACGUCUCUAGCAUUCUCCACCGUCAACGAUGGAUUGGCUCAAUACUCGAGUUGGACCGACUAAUGAGCUUGGUUCUUGGAUUUCCUCAUGCUCAAGACGACAAAUUCUCAGAUCAUCUGGCUCUUGACGUCCUCCGGGGCAAUGUUAUUGCAGCCACUGGCGACAGUAAUGGGUGUGUGCCUGUGGACCUCAGAAUGCGCGCGUUCAGGAGGGUGGUCGCAGUGAUUGCAGGUCGUGUGAAUGAUCGCAACUCAAGCAAUCAGCCUGAUGAUUCGAGGUAUAACACGACAAUGUGCAUUCAGUCGACUCUUGAUGAGGCGGCCGCUGGUAUGCCUACAUAUUGGUGGGAUGUUGAUUCACACAUGAACUACACGGAUCCAUAUGUGUCAUAUCAACAUCUUAUGGCGCAGAUGUGGUUUUGGCAGGUCCAAGCGUUCCUGCACCUACCCUUCAUGUUGAAACCUCUUCCGGAUGGGUCGGGUAAACUUUCUGAAGCUACUCAAAACAGUCCCGACUCUUCGAUCGACCCAUACGAGCCAAGUCGCCAACUUUGCCGCCAGGCCUGCCUUGGAAUGCUUCGUAUUUUCUACCUGCUGCGCUCUGAUCCAUCUCUGGCGGUAUAUAUUUGUCCUUGUGAGGAUUUCCAGGGCGUUUUCUGCGCCUGUAUACUCAUGGUGAUGGUAAUUUUCCGCUUGUCACACUGUCCAUCCUCUCAUGGCUCGCCGGAGCUUGUUAUCGACAGCGUCAGGGAAGACCUUGACCUUAUAGAACAGGUCAAAGACAUAUUUCGCUUCAGGGCGAAACAUCUCAAUGGCGGAAUCGGGAAACAAGGUUUCAAGGUGCUCGACGAGCUGGGAGGAUUCUUGGAUGACUACCUCAGUGGCACGGAACCACAGAAAAGAACAGUAGUUCUGCCUUACUUCGGUGCCAUCCGCCUUGAGAUGAAGUCGCUUUCAAAUGCACCACUCGCAGAGUCUCUGGCUCUCGACGGCGAUACACCAUAUCAGGAUAACAACGUUAUACCUCGAGAUAUGCCUGGAACUGAAGGUGCAUCCCAGGGGCAGCCCCUCGGCCCACCGCAAACCCUGCUGGCGAAAGAUUGCGAGAAUUUUGAUGAUCCAAGCUUUCAAUUUCCUUUGCCAGAUACCGAUGCUGACUGGGAUCAGUUCUUGUUUGGGGACGAGUUGAAUAGAACGUGGGAUCUCUCUAUACCUGAAUGGGCAUUCGACAAUGAUGCUUCACAACUCACAUGAUUACACUAUUCAGAAUGAACGAAAAUACUAUGAAAGACAAAAAUGAUGCCUGAAAAUGGCUGAAAAACACUCAUAUGAUCCUCGACCGACAUGUAGUACAGGCUUACUCGACCAUCUCGCCCAUAGCCAGCUCAUCGACUCUCGAGUACUCGCGCCCUAUCUCUGAAGCCGCUCGACCGCCUCAACCAUGUUUGGAAAUCCUGCAUCUCUGGAAAUUUGGUUUUGAAUUCGUCUGGAUUACCACCGAAGCCCUCCUGCUUGAACCAAUUGAACAUGACACCGAGUUGUUCGUGCAGGAUGAAUUUAAUCAGGCGGCCGAUGACAGGGUAUGUCUCAGGCAUAUCCAUCCCAACCACGCGUUUGAAGAUAUCAUUGGCUUGCUGCAGGGUGAGCUCAUCCGUGGCAAGGCUGAUGCUUCGCCCGGUAUACGACCCCGGAUGUUUAAAAAUGUCUGCGGCCAAAAUGCCAAUAUCGAUCGAAGACACAAGCUGUAAUUUGGUGUUUGGCUCAUUCAAUCUCCACAUGGCCGUGAAUGCUCGACCAAGAAAAUCAGGGGUCAAGUUUUCCAUGAAAGCAACUGGCCGAAUUAUGGUCCACUGCAUCUGAUGUUCGGGACGCUGACACACUGCUUUUAAGUGGGUUUCGAUGUUGAAUUUGGAAGCAAAGUGCUUGAUUGCCGUGGGGUCGC